CUGACCUCACACGCUGUCCAGUAACCAACCACUGACCAUCGGGUGACCAGUGCUACAUAUUCCUUCCUUCAUCAAAUCAUAAUCAACUUCAAGAUGCCACGCAAAGGAAAGAGAUGGAUCUUCGCCAAGCAGUUCAAUGGUUUUCCAAAGAUAACCGAUAUGCGACUGGAGGAGUUUGAUAUUCCGACACUCAAAGACGGAGAGGUUUUAUUGGAAGCUGAAUAUCUCUCUGUGGAUCCGUACAUGAGACCUUACAGCGCCCGUCUAAAAACUGAAACAGUGAUGAUUGGACAACAGGUCGCAAAAGUCAUUGAAAGUCGUAACGAAAAUUUCCCGGUCGGGACCUGGACGAUUCCCAGUUCUGGAUGGACGACGCAUACUGUCAGUGAUGGAAAAGAACUCCUUAAGAUGCCACUUCCUGAAGGUGUGCCUAGAUCUUACGCCAUCGGGUCUAUCGGGAUGCCUGGUGUGACAGCUUACUUCGGUCUUCUGGAUAUCUGUACUCCCAAGGCGGGAGAGACUGUCCUGGUGAGUGGAGCUGCCGGUGCCGUCGGGAACGUUGUAGGACAGAUUGCUAAGAUCAAGGGAUGUCGAGUGAUCGGAUCUGCAGGAAGCGAAGAGAAGUGUGAGUACCUGAAGGAACUAGGCUUUGAUGAAGUCUUCAACUACAAGACAACAAAGAACCUUGAUGCCAAGCUCAAAGAACUCGCUCCAGAAGGUAUCGAUGUCUACUUUGACAACGUUGGUGGUGAGUUUGCCACAGCUGCUGUCCUAAACAUGAACUUAUUUGGUCGCAUCGCAUGCUGUGGAGCCAUUUCAGGGUACAACUUGAAAGUACCUGAGAAACUAUCAGCUAUCUAUGGUAAGAUGGUGUUCAGUCAGCUGAAGAUGGAAGGUUUCAUUGUUAACAGAUACCAACCACGCUGGGCCGAAGCCAUCAGUGCCCUGGCAGGGUGGGUCAAAGAGGGUAAGAUCAAGGUUCGAGAGCACAAGACGGACGGGUUCGAAAACAUGUUCAAAGCCUUCACUGAACUCUUUACUGGCGCUAACACAGGAAAGGCUGUCGUCAAAGUCUAACUUACCUUCCCCCCCCCCCUCCCCCUGGAGAGUGGUUAGGCCAAUACCAUACAGAAAAGGACUCUUUUUUUUCAAGAAAUCACAACACCAAUGAUUAGUGUAUUAUCAUUUCUUUCUUGACGUAAUGUCCAAAACAAAUAUGCGAUUUGUUGAAAGUAGAAGGUUAGCAUCAAAAGGUUUUCCAACUAACUCAUUUUAUACUUAGUGUGUCGAUGGUGUUUCUCUUCUCAUAGUUUCCAACUGAUAGAGUAAGUAGAAGUCACCACCUUUCAACUUUUUCCUUCAGUGGAUGAUUUGAUUUUCACUAAUCGGUUUCGGUACUCACACAGCUAGUUAGCUCAGAAGCAAUACUGACGCUUCACCGAUGGGGGCGUCAAGAAGAAAACUUUAGACUACUCGCUAUCCUCCAUUUUUGUAAAAUUUUGGAAAUGUCUCCGCCGGGAGUAAAUAUAUAUAGGUAUGAAGACUCAACACUAAAAAAAACACUACCUCAUUACCUUGCCAACGGAUUUCAUUUAAUUUUGUGUCUAGUCUAUUUUUAAAUCUCCUCCGUCUCAGAAAAAUUAUAAAUAUAUAUAUAUAUAUAUAUUGUUAUCGUACAUUGUAUGCCAAACGAAAUUGACUUGUCUCUUUUAAUCUUUACACCUUUGAAAUAUAAAAGCAAUCGGAAACCCGCGAAGCGCACAAAAGAAUUCACAUUUUUGAAUGUAUUCAUUUCUUAUCGAAAAUAACAUCGCUAGUGACAUUCGUUUGUCUCACAAUGUAUGAUCAACAAGGGAUCUAAACGAUCACGACGUUUCGAUACUAUAUCCGCAAUGAGUAAUAUAUUUAGCAUUAUUUAUUUCCUAUUUCAAUGUCAUGCUUUUGAUGUCUUGUUACACAUGAUUUUAAUGUAAAACGUAAUAUGUAAAAUGCCACAAUGAAUUUCCACAAUGUCAUUAUUGGACGAAAUAAAACUGAAUUGAAUUGAAUCAAAAUUGA